UUACACACGUAUAGGUUCCGCACAUGGUGCGUCACUAGCAUGCGCCAGAGAGACGGCCACGAAGGGAGAUUUGGGUAAUUUACCUGAGAAGUCGGGACAGGAAGUCAUCAUCCGGCAUUUAAACCUCAGACUCAGAGGGUUUCUGAGAGCGUCUCAACUCAUGCUAAACUAGAGCCAUUAAUUCAACCUCGCCGUCCUCGCGGCGUUAACGUUGAACGCCGCGAGCGACUGUCAAGACUCGCGCUGCGGCCGCUCCGGUUAACGUUGUUAGCGGGGACCUCGGCUAGCUAACGGGGGGCUGGAAACAAAUGAACCCGUCUGCGGGGAAAGCUGCUCCGGGGGCCCGAGCAUCGCCGCACGGACACCGCGGCGACCCAAAGGUAAAGGAGCGUGAGCAGGAACCGCUGCACUGAAGGGUCACUUCGUCUUCUGGUGGAAGGAAACCAUCAAGUCCAACGCUGCGAGGUUGCGUCUUAAACUGGGUUCGUGUCAGAUGGAGGACAAAUUCACCACAGCGAUCCUAUCCGUUGACUUAGAAAAUCCAACUGCUAUGCCUUCCGUUGGACUGCUUUUGUAAACGUGGAAGCCAUGGCUUCUCGGAAGGUAGACGAGCUGCCGAACAACACCAUGGAUUUGGCCACGGCCUCUGCACAGCUUUCCCGAUGUGGCCCCGAUGACAUCACGGAAGAGCCUCAGCCGGAUAUGAUGAAUGCAACGGUGAAAUCCCAGAAAUCUGGAAAAUUUAGGAGGACUGCUCUGACAUUUUUUGGAGUACGCAAAAGCAUCUGUAUUUUACCCAGUUUCUUUGGAGGAAGGAGUAAAAAUCAGAACAAGGGGUCUUCAAAGAAAGGAAUCAGCAAAAGCAGAACACACGAUGGGCUAAGUAAGGUUAGUCAUGAUGACAAUCUGAGCAGUCAGUGCACCUCAGCUACUGAUUGUGACUACCUUGGCCAGAGGAACUCAGCUGGAGAGCUCCACAGCAGCUGUCCCAAUGAAUGUAGUCACGCCACUGCUGAACAGAAAUCAAUGACUCUUACCCGGCCGAAAAGGGGUUUGAGGAGCCUUUUUCAAAGUUUUAGGUAUCACAGAAACCACAGAAAUGUUGGAUUGGAUAAAACUGAAAUGAUUGCAAUGUCCUCUCCUCACUGCAAGAUAGAGGUGCCUGUUGUCCAGGACAACACCAACCAGUAUGUCACAGAGUGCCUGGGAUCUGAACCUGAUGUGCCUGACUUUACGGAUGUUACAUGUGAUGUUUCCAUUGGUCCUGAAUGUAUCGAUGCUGAUGAGAUGCCAUCGGAGAAGAGCGUGGAGCUAGGCAGCCCGAAGUCUGAGCUCGAUGGUGAGACGUGUGAUGAGGAACUGGUGGAAGUCAAUUUGAUGGCUGUAGUUCCCAGUGAAUUGAAGGAGAGUUCGAGAGGAUACAGCGAGCCUUGUCUGAAACUUCAGACGAUGUCUGAGCCCACGUUGAAGUCGGAAACACCCGCUGGCUCAUCGGAUAAGCUGAACCUGAUUUAUGGGGACGUUGCAUCACUAAAGAGCUUUGAUUCACUCACUGGCUGUGGGGACAUUAUUGCAGAUCAAGAAGACGACAGCAUCACGGAGAGCACCGUUUCUGGAGAAAGGAGCAGAAGUGGAGGAAAGAGGGCCUCUUGUUAUCUCACUUACCAGGGUGGCGGCGAAGAAAUGGCUUCCCCUGAAGACCUGGAUGAGGAGUGUCUUCAGGAUUUCUGGAGUAAUAAUGAGUCCGAGGAAAUUUGCUGCACCUGCAACCAAGAACUCACAGAUUUGACUUCCGACCUGACGAGUUCUCAAAAUAUGGACUUACUGAACAGUAACAGUGCCCAGCAAGCCAGUGGCAUGGACGCUUCUUCCAUUGCGGACGUGUUAACGCCUCAAAGUGAGCAUCAAGAAUCCGUUCCAAAUAGUGAUGAAGGCUACUACGACUCAACUACACCGGGGCCGGAUGACGGACAAGAGAAAACUGAUAGACUGAAGGCAGAGAGGUUACCCAGGGACAGUUACAGUGGCGAUGCCCUCUAUGAACUCUUUGCACCCGAUGAGAGUCUCAUCAGUCCACAUUAUGAGAACAAAUCAAAACUGCCCGGUUCCAAACAGUGCGAGUAUUUAAGUGAGCCGGUGGAUGUGACAGACUCUGCCUUUGCUCCAGACAUGAAUCGAUUACAAAUGAGUGCUGAAAUGUAUGAGGUGCGCGACUUUUUCGAGAGGCCGAGCAUGUGCAGUAAAUCCUCGGAGGUGGCACAAAAUAUGGUUGGCCGGCAGGAAACCGGCAUGAUUAAGAAUUUGAGUUCAAAACCACAAGCACCAGUCAACAGGAAUACAAUAGAGCCAGAUGUUUUUGAUGAAAAGGGAAACAUGCCCGCUCCCCCUGAAAAAUGGACACAAUCCGUAAAUGCCGAUUGUGAGAAACGGCACAGCAGCGUAUCAUUUGGAAGCACGUCUGACCCUGAUUUUGAAACGUUUUGCGAACCCAAAGAGCAACAUCUUGAGGAAAACAAGCCUGUGGCUUUACCGUACAAAAACGUCAGUUCGCUGUCUCCGGAUGAAAGCAACGACUUAGACGAUGGGCAAACUGUGUGUUUCUCUCAAGCCCUUGUGGACUACACAAAACACGCUCAGAUGCUGAGUAACUCGGACAACAGUGUGGAUGAGGCAAACUCCGCCUUCACUCCAAACAUGCAGGCCUUACCUACCAUAGUCACGUUCGACGUCGUGGAUAUGCAUAACGAGGGAGAAUACGAUGAGCAGAUUCACAUGGAGCUGGAGGAGGACAUCUCAUCGCCCUAUCAGGAAUUCGAAGAGAGCUACCUACAAAAAGAUGCGUUUGCCGAUUGCGACUAUCAGAUGUUAGACCUGUAUGAACAGAACCUGAUCAGUAAUACAUGGGCCAUCGCUAGUCUACCACGGCACCUAGGCCUUACGAGAGUCAGUCAGUCUAAUCCGUUGUCUCUAGAGAGGAGAAGUAGGUCUCUGGACACAGAACGCCUCGAGUUGAAGAUGCCUGACGGAUACAGAGAGAACAGAGUUUCUUGUCCUCAAACCGAAAAGGACUCUGAAAGGGAUUCCUCGCCGUAUUACAAAAAGAAUGUACUCGCGUCCGAUGUCAGAGACGGUAGCAGCAUUAUGGCCUUUUCAUGGCAAACAAGGCCAGAAAUGGCUUUAAGCCUUCCCCUGACAGAUGGGAAAUUCAUCGAAAAAGGUCAGAGUCUCAGUCAAUCCCAAGUUAAGCGCAAAAUAUUUUCGGGCUCAUCAAGCAGCGAAUGCGCCAACAGUAAAUCGCAACUGUCGGACAGAGUGUCCAGUGAUUUCAUUUCACAGAAUACAGAGCCGUGCAAUAGGCAGUGUUGCCUUCCCUCGCAGUCAGAUUCUUGUGUACCUCAUAGCACCUUUGUUUAUACGGGAAUGACGGACGAUGAAUCUGAUAAUGUCGACGAGGAGGAUGUUUUUUGUAAAGCUGCCACUAAUUUGCAGUCUUAUAAUCCGCGUGGUAAAAGCAGACCAGUCUCCAGCAGGGAAGGGAUACCUCGUACCGCGAGUCCUCUGAAUGCAGGUGUGUCCAAAAGCGAAAUGACACCCCGGGAUGUUGCCUGCAACAAACUCCCAGAAGCAACCUUCAAUUAAUAGGCUCCUGGCAUUUAAAUCACACUUGUAUGUGCUAAUGAGUGCUCUUAUGUUGCAUCCAAAGGAGUAACCGUUGCUUAAUUUGUACCUGUACUACAGAUUCAUUUGAGAAGUUGCCGUACACCGUGAGAGACGUGAAACUAUUCUGAAAUGUGGGGAGCUCUCUCACUGGGAAGUCUGCUUUUCCACAAUAAAAGCAGCUCGUUUCACAAAGGCCACGUCCACGGCCGACUAUUAAAAGUGUUUUAAGCAAGUAAUAGUUUCAUCUGUGUAUGAAAGUGCUCACAGAAUCAUCUCAUUAAGCUACUGAGUUUGACUAGAAUGUUUAUACCCACACAUAGCCUCAGUGUCCAGGUCUCAAUAGUAAUGCCACGCUUUAUUUAUUGGCUCUUCAUUAGCUCUGUUUCCAUAGCACAGCCAAACGGGGCCAGCCAGGUCUUGCUUUCUUUGCCAAUUGCCCCGAAACACAUGUGCUUAUGCUUUAAGUGCCGGCUUAUGUUUGUGUUUACGACUUUUUUUCAAUGCCUCUCUUUACUCCAGUCAGGUUUAUGUAGGCCUGUCAUGAUGCUCAAAUAUACUAUGUUUAGCUGUUUUCUUGAGGUACCUCUUCAGGAUAGUUUGAAGGCCCGACAAAUCGAUUCGGUCUUAAUGUCGCUGUUUUAUAACCUUUUUCCCAACAGCUUCACCACCUGUGAAGUUUAAAUUCUUACUGAAAAGAUUCACUCCAUUAUUACAUUACUGUACGCUGGUGGAAAUGUAGUUGGACUUUGUUUUGAUUUUGAAAUAUAUGUCAAAAGAUAAACUGGUGUUUUCACCUUGUAUCAUGUUCUUGUGCAUUGAAUGUUUGUUUGUUUUUUUGAUUGGAGGUUAAACUGUCAAGAUGAUGUAGUUGUUGUUUUUUUAUAGUGUAAUACUGAAGAAAUGUCAAAGAAUUUGUAUUUAUAUUCUCAGCUAUUUGUACACUCUUAACAUCGUAUUCAGAAUGGUUAUUACAAAUUGGCAAUAUUGGUUUUCUUAGUUUUUUUUAUUAAGUUACAGCCAUGUUACAUUAGGGGGGUUCCUUUUGAAAAUCUGUUACUAUUUUGUCACUGCCUUAUACAAGAAUAAACAACUUUCUUUUCCA